AUGGCUCCGAACACUGUCCCCUUCUUAUACUAUGCGCUGUCAAACGAGAUUGACGCGCCCCUGAGACCAUCUGCGUUGCAUCUCACGUACGGGAUUGCAAAGGACCAGUGGGCCAACAUGUGCUACGUUGUCACCGGGGGGACGGUAAAGGCCGGUGGUUGUCGCUUUGUCGUGUGCCGCUACAACAAGUUCCUGCAGCAGAUGUACACAGACGAGACCCAGCUACCCAGGGGCAUGGACCACUACACGAAAGACAUGUUUGGCUGUGCCCCGGUUGUGGUCCUGAGCUCGGCCACGGUCCUUACGCCCGUAGAUCCCGAGGACUAUCUCGCGAAGGCCCUGGUCAUGAUGGGCCCGGCGGCUCCUAGCGCGGCAGACAGUACCCUCGUGCCCCUCUAUGGCCAGUUCCUGCCCCGUUGUGCUGAGUUGGCGCGAUGGGAUAGUCUACUGGAAGGUACGAGCAAGAUCCCAGCGGGGAUGCGGUGGUUGGUGGUAGGUGGGACGGCCGAGGGGCAGGCCGUCUUGUAUAGAUGCAACACCAUGACGCACCGGGUGUACCCGCGAAGUAAAAAUAUCAGUUUGUCAGAUGCACCAGGUGUUAUUGGUACAUCUGUUGCGUCUUUGCCAGUCGACCAAUCGCGAGAGGUGGUCGCCAAGGUGGAGGACAUUAUCGCGGAUCUCAAAAGGAUCAAAUACAGCUCCGGGGUGAUCACGAACUGGAAAUCGCUGCUUGCGAAGCUGAACGAUUCCAAUGGAACUAAUACCUCCACAGCAUACAACAAACAAGUAGACAGGAUACUAUUUUACACAUCGCUAGAAAUUGCGAAACAGGUAAAUUAUUCCCUUCAGGACCUUGUCAAUCAGGCCAGCCUGCUGAAAAGGUACUUUGACACGCUGGAGUCGAUACCUGAACCUAUAGCAAUAUAUGUGAAUCACAACAUGCCCCGCAUCGGUUCCACCAGUUUUGCGCGACGUCUGGUCGCGGAUUGA